AUGUCUUCGCAGGCAUCUCAGGCGUUUCGCCGUGCUGAUGAACUUGUCAUCGUCUACACGCCGACUGCGACGCUCGCUAUCACCUUCCCAUCAUCCACCCUUACCAGGCAACCCGUUCAAGUCCGAACCGCGACUUGCAGUGUUAUCCAGCUCGGCGUCGCGCACUACGGCGAGACUUUGAGCAAGAUGCACAAUUCUUUCGAACGCGUGCGCCUUUGGAGAGGAAAGUGGGGCGUCAUUCUGGUCUCCUUCAGCGUCUUUCUCGUUAAUGCUGCCGACGACACAUGGUCCUACGCACGAUGA